UUUAAUAAUCGAUUCAGAUUGUUAAAUUAUAGAGCAAGUUUCAGGAAACUGAAAUCAACAACAUGAAGGGGGCGUUCGCUUCUUCAAUUUUCCAUUAUAUAUUAUUUUGCGAGUCAGUAAUAUGGAUCCACCUCUCGCAUAUUGAAAUAUCAUCGAUUACUCAGCAUAUUACAAUAGGGUACAAAUUUAAGACAACCUCAAUGUGGCUCAUUUGGGUGAAAAAAUUUCUCUAUCUUUCUCUCUUUCUCCUGAUAUGAAAUAUGGAAGUCUAUAGACCGGAAGCGGCAUUUGAUAUGAAUCUUUUGACAUUCAAGUUAUUUGGCGUUUGGCCUUCAUCGGUGAAACAUCCAUUGCUAAGAUUUAUAUACAAAAUUUAUGGCUAUGCGAUUCACUUGUGUUAUAUCGGUGGACAUUUGCCGACACAAUUCUCGAGUAUGUACAUAAUGCGAGGUGACAUGAAGGAACUUGUGGAUAAUUCUUUCUUUACAUUGACUUGCAUUGGUUAUGCAUCAAAACUUAUUGUAUUUAUAUUGCAACGCAAAAAACUCGAGGAAUUUUUCGAUAGAUUGAAGAAUCCAAUGUUUUUUCCUAAACGAAAGAAACAUUUGGACGUGUUGAAUGAAUAUACAAUAUCGGCAAGGACAAAUACAGCGAUUUAUAUUUCUCUUGUACUUGCCACUUGUACCACUUGGAUUAUUUUUCCAUUGGUUGAUUCGAAACAGAUUUCUCCAAGUACAUUGCAAUUUUACAUGUUUCUACAAUAUCAAAUUUGUAUCAUGUAUCAAAUAUUUCUUUACGCCUGGAGGGGGAAUGAUAUUACCCUGAAAACAAUUGAACUGAGAGAUGCAAUUUACGAAUGUGGAUGGAUUACUGUGCCAAAUAUAAAAUUUAGAAGAUCGCUUUACAUUAUAAUGUCCCGUUUACAAAUUAUAAAAAUUGCCUACACAUUUUACGUUCUUUUGAAGCAAGUUAACGCCAAAAAAACAGCAAAUUCAAUGUAA